GGCACACGAGCAAGGAGCAGCUGGCUCCACACAAGCUGCUGGAAACAUCUGCAUGCAAUCGCCCUGUCGUACCGCUAAGAACCACAACUUUGGAAACACCCAGGUUAUGCAAUGCCUGGGCAGAGCUGGCACCAGGAGCCCCGGCAGCAAUAAAAAGGAGGGGGAGCCGGCACCCGGACAGAGACCUGCGAGGAGCACAUCCCGGGCAUCAGCCAGCACCUCCCAGCCGCAGAGACCAUGCAGGUGGCUGCCAUCCUCCUGCUGCUCGCCCUGGCGCUGGUGACUCCCAGCUCCUCUGCUGAGCGGAAGUGUGUCCUGACAGGAUUUUGGAUCAAUGACCUGGGCUCCAAUAUGACCAUCAAUUCUGUGAACAAAGCAGGCGAAUUCUCCGGCAUGUACCACACGGCAGUGACAGCCACCAGCAGAAAGAUCAGGAUUUCGCCGCUGCAGGGAUCCCAGCACCGUGAGAACAACAGCAACCAGCCCACCUUCGGUUUCACUGUCAACUGGAGUUACUCAGGCUCCACCACCGUCUUCGUGGGCCAGUGCUUCGUGGACGAGGACGGGAGGGAAAUUUUGAAGACCAUGUGGCUCCUGCGAGAGCAGGUCGGCAGCCUCGGCGACGACUGGAAAGCCACCAGAGUCGGCGUCAACGUCUUCGUCCGCCGGGCACCGCGCAGGGAGUGAGGAGCCGCGGGCGGUGCUGCCCCCCAGCCGCCGAAGCCCCCUCCACCCCCCCCCCCCGCCCCCAAUAAAGCUUUGCUGCAAAC